AUGAAGUCACUUACCACUGCAAUCAUUGCGAGCUCUUUACUGAGUCUCGGAGUUGCUGCUGAUGGUGUUUUCGUCUGCCCUGGCCCCAACUGGACACCAAGCAACCUGUGUAUGGACGUUCAGAUGACCGACGGCGGCUGCUGGACUUCGCCAUGGGAGACUCUGGGAGCAAUCGGCCCCGACUCAGGCUGGAUCUGCUCAAUGUGGGUUGAGCCCGGCAACUGCGUCGCUACCUCUGGUAACCUCAACUCCGGUGGUAUCGAGGCACCUGGCCAAGGCGACUUGCAGACUUGGAACGAUGGACACACUGGCAAGCCGACUGGAUACUGGUUUACCCAGGCAAGAUCCGUCCAGUGUGUGCGUGCUUAA